AUGUCUGACGUUUGCAAAGAUUUGCUGCGCUUGUUGGAUAGCGAAAAAAAUUACGACGUUGUUCUCCGCGUGGGUGAGGAAGGGCAUACAAAAGAGUUUAAAGCACAUUCGCUCAUUCUUUGUGCGCGUUCAACUUAUUUUGCUGCUGCUAUCGAUGGAAAAUGGGCAAAGAAAGAAGACAACAAGUAUAUUGUAAACAAACCAAAUGUGACUCCUGCCACUAUGGAUUUCAUUCUGAGAUAUUUGUAUGGUGGCGUCACCGAUUUUACCUCUCAACGUGCAUCAGUUAUUUUUGAUGUAUUGAUUGCUACGGACGAGUUGGAAUUGUUGGGGCUGUUAAAUGAUGUACAGCAGUACAUUAUAAAGAAAAAGGACGAAUUCUUGACCGAUAAUCCAGUUAAAAUUCUGAGAAAAAUCUGGCUCCACGAAGCUUUUAUUCCUUUACGCAAUAUUUGCAUCGACAUCAUAUGUAACAAACCCAGUAUUCUGUUUGAUAGUGAUGAAUUUUGCGAAAUACCGGAAUCCAUUUUAGUGCAUUUUCUUCAAAGAGAUGACUUGGAUUUACCAGAAGUAAUCAUCUGGCGCAGACUGCUAGAAUGGGGCAUAGCACAAAAUCACGAAUUGACGUCGACAAGCAGUGUUGACAGCUGGACGAAGGAUGACUUUGUAAACCUGGAAAAAACGUUGCAUCAAUGUCUUCGUCAUGUUAGAUAUUAUACUUUUCAACCGCAAGAAUUUUGUGAGAAUGUCAUGCCGUAUAGAAAAUUGCUACCUACAGAUCUUAGGGAAGAUGUCAUUCGCUAUUAUAUGAUUCCAGAAAAGAAUACGUCCCAACGGAAGCCUCGAAUGAGCACGAAAAUUUCCAAAACGAAAAUCAACUCUCUCAUUAUAAAGGAAGUGCAGGUUGGCCUAAUUUCCUCAUGGAUCGAUGCAGUUAAAUAUGUUACGCAUAAGGAAUUUCGAUACGAGUUAUUACUCCGAGGUACAAGGGAUGGCUUCGAUAGUGCCAAAUUCCAUAAUCUCUGUGACAAUAAGGGGCCGACGCUAAUUGUCUGUAAACCUAACUCGAGCAAUGCAAUCAUUGGAGGUUACAAUCCACUGAAUUGGUCCAACAACGGAACAUACGGGAACACCAACAAAAGUUUCUUGUUUUAUAUUAUGAAUAUUCAUAACCUUAGCUCCGCACAAAUCGCUCAUGUCACUAACAGCACGUACGCUGUGUAUUAUCAUAGUUCGUAUGGUCCAUGUUUUGGCUGUGGAGACGACUUGGUUGCAAGCGGUACUAGUUGGUCAUCAAGCUCUAAUUGUUAUCCCAAUAUAGGGAUACCUGGUAGUUUUGCUAUCCAAGAAUAUGAAGUUUUUAAAGUCAUUAUCUAA